GUCAGUACUCGGGCGAGACGACAUCCUGCAGCUGCCUGCGCGUAUCAGAAACCGCGGCAAUAAUUGUCUGUUCCCCCUGAAAUUAGCACCCAGACGAAUACACAGAUCGAGAGUCGCUUACCCGUCGUCCAUCGCGAGUACCAAAGUACGAAUGCGGAGAUCUCCCCGCAAUAUCACCACCAACUUUCCAGUUACCUCACUCACACAUUGAGCUUCUCUGCAAUCAGACCAAUCGCCAACUAACGCGCUACUUUGACACCCGCCAUACCACCUUCCUCCUCUCGCCUCCUCCUUCACGGACGAUGGGCCGAUCCACAAUCCCAUCCGCGCUCGCUGAGCUCUCAAACCCAACAAGCUCUGAGGCGCAAGUCAUCGCCUUACGGAACUUGAAGAACGAGAUAGUCGGACAUGAGCAGAGAAAGGAACUGGCUGUCACACAUGGCGUUAUCAGACCUCUCGCCGGACUGUUGAGAGAGGGUGUUAGGAGAGGAGGAAAGAGGCGGCACAGCAACGGCGCAUCACAAGAAGCGCACAAUAGAUCUGCACCUUCGCCCGGAUCCACACCUUCGUCGCGGAUACGGCAAGGGCAAGAUGACUGGACAAAAGAAGACGAACUCAGAUUCCAGGCUACGCUAGUAGUUGGCAGUCUUGCGAACGGUGGCCCAGCUUUCACAGCGCCGUUGCUCGCAGGCCAUGUCCUUCCUCCGCUGCUCGAGACACUACGACUGGGCGAGACGCCGACUCGACUCCUCACCACGACGCUCAUGACGCUCAAUCAGAUCGCCGAUGCUGUUGCGCAGGAGAAACCGGGGUCGGACGCGAAUGGCCAGAGCCUUGCAGCGGUUGUGAGGGAGCAGAUAUACACACGCUCGGUGGUCGAGAAUAUGGCGGAGAUACUGGCGCAGACGGCUGGUCCGUCCAAGGCCAAUCACCAGGUUCUACUGACGAUACAAAUCCUGACGAAGACAUGCGUGGAGGAUGCUCACAGGAAAAUGCUUGUCGACGCCGGGAUACUGGACCUCCUGGCCGCGAAACUGGCGAGCAUUGCGACGGCAGAUGAGCUGGUUCCUCAGACCGACUCGACACAAUCGCAGCGCGAGGAGGUUCCGUCAAGAUAUUUGUCUGAGAUCAUGGAGGCUAUCGCAGCCAUUAUCAAGGGCUCCCACUUCUGCACCGCGCGCUUCCUCUACUCGCAACCCAUACAGCAGCUCUUCGGCUGGCCGAAAGAGCACAUCUCGACCGCAUACGGCGCACAAAGCAGCUCCAGACAGUCGUCAUGGGGCAAGCUAAUACCGCGCGUGCAAACAAUAACGAGCAAGACCGAUCCGUACACCAAGUCGUGGCCCGCACUCGGCUCCUAUACUGCAGUGAGUGGGGAGGCUUACGCGCGGCUACCCAGCAUGGAGUCGCUACAGCAGAGCUCCAGCCGCAGUAUCAUUACAGACGAGUCUGAAUCGCCGCUGUUCAUAUGGCUGAUGUAUGUGGCCAGGCGUGGUGAGGGUGCAGAGCGCUUGUCUGCGUGCUAUCUUCUGGCGCUGCUUAAGAGGUUUGGCGAGAAGUGGCCGCUGAACGAUCCUUCGAGGGUGACGCGGGAACGCCACUUUUCAUACCUUGUCAUACCGCUGGUCGUCAAGAUGGUCGAGGAGUCCUCGGAACAGGCGAAGAAGGCACACACUCUCAGUCCCGCGGCGAGAGAUGAGAUGCGCUUCGUGCUCGAGCGCUCGCCCCUUGUACUAGCCGAGCUGGUGACGGGGAACAAGGUGCUUCAGACUGCUGCGGUGGAUGCGCGGGUUAUGCCUACGCUUGUCCAGAUCCUUAAGAAGUCCUUCGACCGAGUCACAACGAACGCGAAAUCCCUCUGGCAACCGAGAGCGGCAUCACACGAGGUCAAGGACCAGGCCAUUGAUCCCGAGUCUUCCACAUUAGGAAGACCAGGUCUCAACGCUGAUAUCCUGCAUGCAUUCAGAUAUAGAGAGAGUGCGCUGCUCGCGCUGGCAGCGAUAGCUGGCGAUCAAGAUGGGUACCGAAAGCUUGUCAUCGAAAUGGGUGCUGCGACGCAAAUCAUUGAGUCUUUGGUCCCGUACUCGGAGUCAAGCGAAAAGGACGGCAAUCCUGAUGCUGUUCUCAAGGCGGCUUGCAAUGCUACGAGGUCGCUAUCGAGAUCCGUCAGUGUGCUCAGGACGAGCUUAAUUGAUCAUGGAAUUGCGAGUCCGGUGUUUGAUUUGCUAAAUCAUCAGAGUAUUAAGGUGCAGAUUGCGGCUACGGAGGUGAUCACUAACUUGGUUCUGGAGGUAUCACCUAUGCGCACUGAGAUCAUCGAAGCCGGGAUCAUGAAGACGCUCUGUGAGCAUUGCAGAUCGGCCAGCUUCGAUCUUCGGUAUGGCAGUCUCUGGGCUCUGAAGCACCUCUGCCUCGGCAUACCGUACGCUAUGAAAAUACAGUGCCUAGACGAGUUGGGCGUUGGCUUCCUCAUGCAAACGCUUAGUGGUGAACCUACCAAGCCUGCAAUGGGCACACCGAAUGCUGCUGGUGAGCAGGUAGACAUAUUGAACGCUGUUGACGAGCCACACAUGGAUGUGGACGAGGAGCCGUCUUCAGACGAGGACGAGGACACCAUGACCGACAGUAUACCAUCAAUGCGACGGCACCAACGCCCCGGAUCCCGUUACACAAGCGCAACAGAUAUCCGCGAUCGCCUACAGCAGAUCAAGAACGACGAACUAGACCCGCGAAUCAAACUCGAGCGCGAAGACCAAGCAAUCCAAAUGCAAUCCCUCGACUUCAUCCGCAACUUCUGCUCCGAAGAAAAGCAAUCUGGCGAGAUGAUCGACCACCUCCUGAAAACCUACGGUCACAGCCGCUUCUUCGAGAUGCUCGACUCCAAAAUCCGCCCAAAAUCCUCCACAUCCUCCCACACCAUGUCUCAAACCGACUCCCCAACCCCUUCCUACUGGCCCGGCACAACCCAACAACGCCCCCCUUUCGCCUCCUCACCAGGACAACCAAACUGGACCUUCUACCACUCCCCCGAAAUCCUCAAAGCCGCCGUCUUCAUAUUCGUGCACCUCGCCAAUGGGCGCCCGCACCAUCGGUCCCUGCUCCUCAGCCAAACUACCCUCAUGCGGCACAUCCUGCCCUUAUGCUCAUACCCGAACCGCGACGUGCGGCUCGGUUGCGCUUGGAUGGUUAUUAACCUUGUCUGGGUCGAGGAUCAUACGGAGGAGGGGCCGACCAGGGAGAGGGCUAGGGUGCUGAGGGAUAUGGGGUUUGAGAGUGCGGUGGCGGCGUUGACGAGGGAUCCAGAUUUGGAUGUUAGGGAGAGGGCGAAGACGGCGACGGAUGUUUUGGGGAGGUUGAAUGGGGAGUUGGGAGCUGGUGACGAAGGCUUUAUGUCUGCCGCUCCCUCUCUUUUCCAAAGAAACCUUCAGAUCGACCAUGUCGGCUGUCUCCCUCCUUUCCAAAACCUACACCAACAUCAUGAUGAAGAGAAGUGUGCCAACUCUAUGCGCAUUACCCUCCAACACCAAGAACUAAAGAGCGAUUAUCGCAUGCUCCUUCUGCUGUGUCCGUCCUCAAAGUUUGUUGGAGUUGGUGAACUGUACGCAAAGGGAAGAAGUUGAGGAUUGUACUGCAGUUGUAUUGUAUGAAGCUACGAACAGUACAUGUAGGUGAGUGGCUGUAAACAACGCUAGUGGGAAAAGGCAGCAACCUCUCACCAUGGGGUGAGGUGCGAUAGGGCGUUAGUGCAGGAGAAACCCCAAACCGUG